GUGGCACUGACUGGCAGCACUGCUGGGCUGCACUGGUGGGUGGCACUGGUGGGCAGCACUGGUGGGUGGGCACAGGUGGGUGGCACUGGUGGGCACAGGUGGGUGGGCACAGGUGGGUGGCACUUGGGCACAUGUAGGUGGCACUUCUGGGCACAGGUAGGUGGCACUACAGAGUGGCACAGGUGGGUGCACUGCUGGGCACAGGUGGGUGAUCUGCUGGGCACAGCAGGUGGGCGGAGCUAGUGGGCGCACUGCUGGGCACAGGUGGGCGGAACUUGCGGGCCAUUGGGACUCCGCUGAUCAGGUGG